AUUCUAUCUGCAUUAUUGACAUCGACAUCAACCGCACCGCCACCACACUACCCUCAUUGAAUGGCCGCUGUUUACCGCGGAUGAACAAUCCAUAGCCAGCUCGGUGUCUCCCUUUCGAUACACUUGGCCCAGGCGCAAUGAGCUUACGCCGGCAGGCCAGCCGCAUUGGCGGGUUUCUUUCUCAGCUCGAAAACUCCAAUUCGCUGCGAAAGUUCACCAUUAAAGACUCCAAGACACUCGAUCCCACAAAAAUCCCGUCAUGGAGUCUCGUCCGCUACCCGCCCGUCGACCCCAAAACCGUUAUUCAAGGCAAGCCCCGUAACCCUGCGUCCGUCGCCUACAAGGAAUACCAGAAACUUGAAGGUGCCCGACUGCGGAAGGCAUUGAAUCGAAUCACCCAUGGCCGGAACAUUUUUGUCUAUAACAAUUUGAGGACAAAUCAAGUUGUUUACUCACUGACCCGGUAUCUUGAGAAAAACACUGUCUUAGCGCAAAUGAUAUUCCACGGGAAGAAAACCGUCCCUGCCACCCUCCGGAAGGAUGUUUGGGUUCCAUUCUACUCGGUUCACUUUGAUGAUGCCAAAGUCGGCCUGCGUGCCUACCAUCUUCUGCGCGAAUUCUCGAAACAGCGGCAAUUAGCUCCACCACGAGAAAUGGUGACUAUUACGCAAGAGUGGCUGGAUAAGAGGAAGCCCAGAAAUCCCGAGAAAGUCGAGGAAUUCGAGGAGGAAUGGAAAGACCGGGUUGGAUCCUUGAUGAAGCCACGGGAUAGAGCACGAGCCGUGAUGGACCAAAAGGCCACUAGCGUCGCAGAUGUUGCCGCCGUAAUUGCCAUUCAAGAAGAAGAGAUUGCAAAUGGAUUUGCAUCGGGAAAGAGAGGUUAUAUCACACGGAAGGCUCGUAAGCGUAGGCGGCACGCGAGAAAAUUGGAACAAGAAGCUACGGAAGCCGCCGCGAAGCGUGUCGGUGAAUUCGAAAAGACACUUCAACGGGCCGCGGAUAUCAAGAUCGAGGAUCCCACGGGCGUAGGAGAGUAUGCCGUGGAAGCAAAGCAGGUUAAGAUUCUGUGGAACGAUCUUCAUGAUGCGCAAUACGCCCGGUCAUGGCCGGAGCGUGUUAGUCAUGGUGAGCUGGAGUUGGCCAGGGAUCAUAUUCUUCCUGGCCAGAAGGGCAUGGGUGAGGGUGUUAUAGCUCAUGGUGAAUUCGUGGAAAAGGAAGCCACUCCUUGAGGCUUUCCUAAAUAAACAAACCAAUCUGAGUCCAUAAUCUAUGGUGAGAUACAGCCGGAAGAACUUUCUUUGUUCAUGCAAUUGCAUUUUUUUUUUGCAUCUUAUUGUAUCAUAUGUAUCAUGUACCAUGACUUCGUUUAGCUGCGUUUUGGCGCUGGGGAGGCUGGCUACAAUAGGAUAAGUCUCUUGCUGAAAAUAAAACCGCAUUUUG